AUGUGUGCAGAAGAUGUUGAGAAGCUCGUGAAUGACCGACUUCGAGACUUGAAGACCAGAGGAAACUUUGAGGAUUCAGUACGUAAGGAGAUGGACCAAGUGAACUCUACGCCUUUCACCCUCGAUAUCAAGCAGGCCGCUCACCAGAAGCGAUUCUCGACACCCUCGUUCAUACACUUCAAAGGGGAUUCCGAUCCCGAGAGCCACUUAAAACACUUCAACAGUGUUAUGAUCCUCCACCAGGCUGACGACGCGCUAAUGUGCAAGGUAUUUGCAAUAACCUUGCGAGGAGCAGCCCAAGACUGGUUCCACACCCUACCAUCCAGGUCGAUCAGCAGCUUCAAGGAGCUAGCUUACGUCUUCACCAAAGAAUACACCUCUUACCGGACAAUUAAGAAGAACCCUGACCACUUGUACAACCUGUGCAAGAAGUCUGACGAAUCCCUUCGAGAUUACAUCAAGAGAUUCAAGGCAGAAAAAACGAACAUUGUAGGAUGUGACGACCGAAUCGUGUCCUCCACUUUCAAGAAAGGUCUUCCAGCUGAGCACGACUUGUACCGCGAGCUGACUAUCACUCCCAGCCAGACUCUGGCAGAGGUCUACACGACUGCGGAACGCUACGCGCUCUGGGAUGACGAUCGAAUUGCCGCAAAGAAGUCUACAAUGCAGGAAGAUCAGCCACCUAGGCGGGCCGGCCAAUGA